AGCGAACGCUAACCUGUACAGAUGCAAAAAAUGCCCGAAAAUGUACCGGUACUCGACGUCGCUCUACAACCACGUGACCUUCGAGUGCGGCUUAGAGCCGAAGUUUUUCUGCUCGUUCUGUCCGUACAAAGCGAAGAGAAAGCAUUGCCUCAAGGACCAUUUGAAGGCCUUGCACGGCAUCGCCGAUCCGGCUCAAUACAUAAGGAUCUUGCAAUAAUCGAUACUUAACAAUCUCCGGGAGAUUACUGUGCAUACAAACUAGGGGAAUUCCCUAACUUGUAACGUAUUGUUUUUUAUAUUAAACGAAACCUACGGCAAAAUUUAAGGAGUUGUUUGUGCGUAAAAAUGAGCGUUGCUAAUUUCGAAAUAUUUGAUAACUCGAAAGAAUGUAACCAGGGAACUUUGAAUUUCAGGCCCGCCGCAAUACAGGUGCCCCAAUUGCGACAAGGGCUACAAAUACUCGUACACGUUGAGCAGGCACGUGAAAUACGAAUGCGGCAAAACGCCCCAAUUCGUCUGCGUCCUCUGCCCCAACAAGGCCUACACGCAGAACAUCACCCUCAAGAAACACCUCAUCAAAAACCACCCGGAGCUGUUCCGGCGCGACGACCAGCACCUGCACGAAUUCGGCUAACUAAUUUCAACAAAAUAAAACGUUUACACCGCCGUUAUUUCGUUUUAAUUACAUCCGACGAGCUGUAACAUUUGUAUAAGUAAACGCAGAAGGAAAUCCGUGCUAAAACGGGGUUUUAUUGCAGAUUACUUCCAAUGCCCGACUUGCUUGAACCGCUACCGGCACAUCAGGUCGUUGCAGCGGCACUUGCGCUACCAGUGCAACCAGGAGCCGAAGUUCCGGUGCUCGAUCGACGGCUGCCAGUACAGGGCCUUCCAGAAGGUCUCGCUGAAGAAGCACUUGGUCACGAAGCACGGCGAUUUCGCCUUCUGAUUCGCUUCGAGCAAGCAGACGGUCGCAAACAUCGGUGUACGACGUGCGGCAAAUCGUUCAAUCACAAUUCGACGUUGUGGUACCACAAGAAGUUCGCAUGCGCUGAUAAAAAAACGUACCGUUGUCCGGUGUGCCGCACCACCACCAGCUACGAGUCGACGUUGAAGCGCCACCUCAAAGACAAGCACGGCGUUGUUAAAUAAAAUCGCUCGUUUUCCAUCAUCUCGUUUCAAUUCGCCCUGUCUCGCGUUGUUCUCC